CAAAGCUCAACGAAGGCGGGGUUAAAGAAAAAACAAGGAAUUUCCUGGUGAGCUACGACAACACAGGAAGAUGAACGUGGGCGUAGCUCACAGUGAGGUGAACCCCAACACAAGGGUGAUGAACAGUAGAGGAAUAUGGCUCACCUACCUGCUGCUGACUGUCGUGUUGCACAUCAUCCUGCUGAGCAUUCCCUUCUUCACUGUGCCACUCGUCUGGACUCUCACCAAUGUCAUACACAACCUGGUGAUGUAUCUGUUUCUACACACCGUGAAGGGAACUCCCUUUGAGACACCGGACCAAGGCAAAGCUCGUCUGCUGACACACUGGGAACAGAUGGACUACGGUGUCCAGUUCACAUCUUCACGCAAAUUCCUCACUAUCUCACCAAUUGUUUUGUAUAUCCUUGCCAGUUUCUACACAAAAUAUGACCCCACACAUUUUGUAAUCAACACAAGCUCCCUCCUAAGUGUCCUCCUUCCGAAGUUGCCUCAGUUUCACGGUGUACGGAUAUUUGGGAUCAACAAGUACUGACAGAACUAGCCACUGGAUUUUAACCAUAGACACUGGACUUGUAGUUUUCUGUUUCUGCUGAACUUUUUAUGUGAAUGAGAUGAGAGGAAGAGGACCAGAUUGUCUAUUCUGUACGGACUGUGUGGAGUAAUAUAGGAAAGACGCGGUCUGUGCUGCUUGCUGCAGCCUGAGAAAACAGUAAUGCCCUGCCGCUGUUUGGUGUUUCAGUAAUUAUUCUUUAAUGACAUUUCUGAUGUAAACUUGUCAUAUCUCUUGGAUGUAAUGUUUCUGCAUUUUUUUAAUUAGCUUGUUUUUGAGUUCUGUUACAAACUGCACUGGCUGCAGGUCUGUAAAACUCAGGCUGUCGCCUUGAAUGAGAAUGAUUUCAUUGUGGCAGCAUGUUUCAUUUUCUAUUUGUGCAAACAUUUCUUUUUCAUGCUUUUUGACAUAUUUUACUAUGAAGGAUUUACAUGCAGCAUGCAUUUACACUCCUCCAGUGAGAACUGCAGUCUUGAUUUUGCUAUGAUGCACAUUAUGUCAUGUUAUUUACUGUUUGCUAUAAAAGCCGUUUUCUUUUCCUGCUUAUAAAGUGA